AUGAAGAGAGAUACGGAAAAAGCAGUAUAUGGUGAACUGCCCGACAGGUACAUUCCUGAUUCCAAACCAGAUCAAAAUGCUGAUCAACCACUUUACUCCACAUUUGAACAAGAUGAUGAAAGUUCCGCGGAAUGCCAUUGCACACCUCAGAUGCCGACUGAAAACUGUGUCCCUGUUUAUGUUGGUCCAGAUGAUAUUUUGUAUCUCAUUGAUGGGAUCGAUGGUAUGAGAAAAAGUGACUACCAGCCGUUCGUCUCGUUCGCAAACGGACAACAUUCGGAUAUGGCAAAGCAUCUGCCUGCGUUACCGGAACCAAUAAAACCGAUGAUUUGUCCCGAUGACGGACAAGGUUUUCCGCCUGAAGCGAUGGAUGGUGUCUCCAGAAGAUGGUCACUCACCCGAACAGAGGAACGACGCCGACAAGAAAUGACCCAGUUCAGAGAUUCCUUCACUCGUGCAUCUGUUUUGAAGGAACCAGUUUCCUUGCUCAGCGGAAAGGACCAAUUACCUGGCUAUCAUCAUUCACCUGCUGUGACUAGGCCGGGAAAUGAAAAACGUCGACGAGAAGUGCCUAUCAUCAGUGGUUCCGCUUAUCAGGGAACCGGUUUCAGGGAGUCACUGUCUAUGCGCGGUGGAAGGGACCAAAUACCGUAUUUCUGCUAUCCACCAGCCGUACCUAGACCGGGAGAUGAACAGCAUCGAUCAGAUCCAACCGUUUAUCGGGAUCUUAGAGCGUUGGAGGCCGGUUUGAAGGAAUCACUCUUGUCUCGUGCUGAGAAAGGGCAGUUAUCUGUGGAAUGUCCUCCGCCAGCGGUUUCUGGGUUGCAGGAAGCCGUUGGCAUCGUUUUCCGCGGUUUUAUGAUUACCAACGUGGUUUUGAAUGCUGUACAAUUGCUUUUAGAGGGAGAAUUAUGGCUGACCAAUUGA